GGUUCGAAUUUUUUUAUUACGGAAAAGUUUCAAAAACACUGCUAACGAUUGAUGAGAGUGAAAACAAUAAAAAUAAAUAAAUUCUAUGUUUCGAAAACACACUGCUUGAUCUCUACACGAGUUUUGUAAAGAAUUCUCGGCUCGAAAAUGCCCACAAUGUGUUCUUUUCAAUUGGACCGCAUGGAUGCGGUCUACAAUAGUGGCGAGUACAUUCACGGGCGCAUCGUAUUGAAAACGGAAAAAGUGAAGCGUGUGAAUGCUGUCUAUGUGACACUGGAAGGUGAGGCUCGCGUGCAAUGGUCCCUCAGCGGCAAAAGUGACUCCGCCAACUACUGUGGCCAUCAGCAAUAUUUAUAUACGCGCACCAAUGUUUUUGAUAGUACCGAAUUCCGCGCGGGCACACACGUCUACGUGCUGCGCUUGCGCAUACCGUCCGGUUGUCCGUCCUCUUGCAAAGGACCCUAUGGUUUCAUAGCGUACAAUAUCUCGCUGACCAUCGCCAAGCCGUGGACAUUUGAUGAGGUAUUCCGUAAACCCAUAACUGUGGUGCAAGCACUAAACCUGAAUCAUAACCCGGAAUAUGGGCUGCCAAUACGCGACGAGAACGUGAAAUAUCUCUGCAAUUGGCCAUGCACCUCGGGACCCAUUAUGUACACAUUACUACUGCCUUACAAUGGUUUCGUGGCACGACAGCAAAUCACGUUCUUCCUGGAAGUGGACAAUCAGUCGCCGCACUAUGACAUUUCCAGCGUAGAGGCCUCCCUUAAACAGCAUUUUAUUUUCCUAGCACGACAGCCUUAUAAACGCAACUUCUAUACGAAAACUCUGGCGAAAAGCAUCAUUACGGAGCGUACGCUACGUCUGACCAAACGCAUGUAUCAGGGCACCGUAUGUGUGCCCUCCGAUACACCGCGUUCAACACUUAAUCCCAAUUACAUUGUUUUUGUACACUACACACUGCAAGUGAAGUUGAAGACUGGCUAUUUUCAUUAUGAUACAGAUCUGUCGGUGCCUGUGGUGAUAGGUACCAUUCCGCUGCAGCAGCGCGGUGUACAACUGGUGACCACGCAGCCGCGUAGAAUCAGCAGCCGUGAUAUAUCUACGCUGGAGGAGGAGGACGGUGAUGUGGCGGGUGAGCAGUGGAGCGUACAGGCGGAAAUUAAUCAGACCGAAGAGGAUGGUGAGGGCGAUGAUGAUGACGAUGAUGAUGAUGUGAUCCAGCCAGUAGCCAGUAGCCGCGCCACAUCACGACGAAUACGCGCUCAAGAUAUAUCCAAUAACAACGACGACGAUGAGCCCCCUUCAUAUGACAGUUGUUUACCUCCAUCCUUCAGUUUUGCCACGCUCAGCAGCCAACAGACCCUGGACAGCGUUGGCCACUCAUCAGGUUCGAAACCACGAGGACAACAACAACAUGCAAUUAAGUUGCCCAAAUUUCCUGGAUACGACAUUGUUGCUGCCUCAACACAGGCCAUUAAUAUGUCUGCAGACUCGGCUUUGAGCUUGAAUUACUACCAUUCCUACGGCUCGCUUGGCACUGGGCACACCGGACGCAGCCUAGACACUUUUGCUUCGAGUUGUGGCGUGCUGAGCGAAACCGAUGAGCAUGUGCAAGACGCCAAUGAAGGCGAUGAUGAUGACGAUGAUGAGGACAUUUUCUAAAAAAAACGGAAAUUAUAGAAUUUACCUAAAACCGAUUAAAGUGCCAAAGAAUUAAACAAAAAGUGUCAAAAGACAAAACUGCAACUUGCCACUCGCCAAUAUGCCAAUACCUCAUUUUGUAGUUUGUAAAUUAUUAUAAUGCUUAUAUUACAUAAUAUGUCCAUUUGAUGCCUUAGUAUUAGUGUAAAAACGUUAUACGAUUUAAUAUUUUAGUUGUAGAAGCUUUGAGAUUACUUUCGAUAAUAUAUAUACAUAUA